CUGUAAAUAUACAAAGUCACAUGACUGAAGGGAAGUUUAUGAAAAAAUGGAGGAGGUGGAUCGUAUUAUUGUUCAUUCUCUACGAUCAAUAGGAUGCGAUGUUGAAGAUGACAUCCAAAGUUUGCGUCAGUUUGGUACUGAACUCAUUAUUGCAACUGUUGUACAAUGUCUCAAGGUUAUUCUUGGAGACAUCGACUUGCCCUCUAGCCUUCCCCCUGGCAUGUCAGCGCGAUUUAGGCUUGGUGCUAGCCUUGCCAAUCAUGUACAGGAUCUUGGCUAUAAAGGAGGAGAUUUGGGCUACCAGACAUUUCUCUAUUCUAAUGAAACUGAGAUCAGAAAGAUUUUCAUGUUUCUAGUGGAGAAACUACCUAAAGAAUCUUCUCAAGCUGCUGAUGAACCCAUUGGUGCUUCUGUGUUAUUACAGCGAGCCAUAUCCACAGAAAUAAACACUCAACUCUCCAUGGCAUGGCUUCCAUCCUUUUUAAAAGAUAAAGGAGUUCGCACUCGUUCAAAGCCACCUGGAUGGCAGAUAGAAGGUGCCUGCUGUCUUCAGCACUAUCAUAGCUGUCCUGUUUUUAUACCUAAAUCAAUAGGAAAUAUCUCUAACAAAGUUCCUAAAGAGCUCAGAUCAUAUUACAUCAAACAUUUGCCUUAUGUCACCAAUCAAACAAACCUCCAUCGAGACUUGGCACCUUCUAUCAUGGAAGCCAACAGUCUAGAAGUAGCUGUAAGUCAAGACUGGGAGAACGAAUGGAAUCAGAUUGGGCUAGCCUCCAGGUUGUCUCAACAGGAGUUCAAAAAGAGAAAGUAUGAGAAGCUAUUGAAAAUGAUCAAAGACAGAUUACAACAGGACAGUCAGCUGCAGGAAAAGAUUGACAGCCAGACUGCUAUAAGUGACCUAAAUCAAAUACUCACAAACAUCGAGACUCAGAACAAAACUGGUAAUGUCAAGACAAAAGGUUCUCGCUUUGCUCACACUGAGAAACUACAGUAUGCUAAGGAUGAGGAAAAAACAAUGUCACAAAUUGGCCCAGCUGUUCCAGAAAAAGAUAAAGAUACAGAAGAGGAGCUAGAGAAAAAGAGAAAAGAAGAGGUUGACAGUUUGAGAACAGAACUGUCAAGUAUAACAGCUGGCUUGGAAAAGCUUGAACUCGAAGUGAAGAAGUUCUCCACAGGCCGGCAGGAAAUGGAAGAAGAAAUGGCUUCCCAGAAAAAAAGUAUUGAAGAAAAGAAUGCAGCGUACAAAGUGAAAAAAAGAACGUUGGAUUUAUUACCUGAAGCAGAAGCAAAUAUUGAAAAGUUGCAGCAACUUGUGGAGACCAGCUCACAGCGACUCAUCAAUCUAUCUAAACAGUGGGAGGCACACAGGGACCCAUUGAUACAACAGUACAAUGAGCUCAGCCAACUGAAUUCUAAGAGAGAGUCAGAGGCAGAGAAAAAGCUGGAAGAAAUAAAAUUAUUCAGAAAUAAAAUGAAGGAAGUAGCAGAUGAUGCUCGUCGAAAAGAGGAACUCCAUAAACAAUUAGUUUCUGAAUAUGAACGCAUGACUAAAGAUGUGAACAGGUCAGCAUACACUAGAAAAAUUUUAGAAAUUGUUGCAAACAUAAAAAAACAGAAACAGGAAAUUGAUAAGAUUUUGGUCGAUACGAAGAGUAUACAGAAAGAGAUCAACUCUUUAACAGGGAAACUAGAUAGAACUUUUACAGUCACUGAUGAAUUGAUCUUUAGAGAUGCCAAAAAGGAUGAAGCAGUGAAAAAGGCUUACAGAUUUUUGGCUGCACUUCAUGAGAACUUUGAGCAGUUAAUUAGUACAGUGGAAGACACUGGUGUUGUGAUGAGAGAAAUUAAAGAUUUAGAGGAACAGGUUGAAAUUGAAAGCAACAAAAAAGUAUUGAGUAACUUGGAAAAGAUUUCAGUAGACUUGCAACAAAUGAAGAAAGAGAAUGCAACUUUGCUGGCCAAAGUCAAGGGAAAAUAGUUUUUAGCUUUGUUGAUAGUUUUUUUUGUUUGUUGUUCUUGUAUAAAAAAAAAAGUGUAUACUUGUAGAUGAUUUAAAUACACAUUGUGAAGAUGUGAUCACAACUUGGUUUAUAGCCAUCCCCUUACCAAUAGAAUAACUAAGUGUAGUGUCCUUAUGCUUACAUUUGACACCAAAUAUAUUGUUUAUGUUUUCCUUAUGCUGUGAUGUUCAGUUUUGGUGAAAUAUGGAUGCCAUACCUACAUUUUGAUAUUUUUAAUUCCAUUUGUAACUUAGAAAGCUUGGUAAGCAAGGAUAGUUCUACUAAAGAUGAUAUUGGUGAUUGAUGUUGAGUGGUUGCUAUCAGAAACUAAUGUUGACUCAUUUGUAACUUAGAAGGUUUGGUAAGCAAGGAUAGUUCUACUAAAGAUGAUAUUGGUGAUUGAUGUUGAGUGGUUGCUAUCAGAAACUAAUGUUGACUCAUUUGUAACUUAGAAGGUUUGGUAAGCAAGGAUAGUUCUACUAAAGAUGAUAUUGGUGAUUGAUGUUGAGUGGUUGCUAUCAGAAACUAAUGUUGACUCAUUUUAGUAUUAAAACUAAGCUUUAUAAGCUUCUACCUUUAUUGGCUGUUAUACAGAUCUAUAGCGUUAUUUCAAUUUUAUAGACUUAAUGUUUCUGUUUUGUCUGUUAUUAGUUUCUUAGUGUUAGUUUCCAGAGACUAGUAAUUUGUUAUAUCAUAGAAUAUUUAUGUUGUCUGUAGUACAUUAUUUUGUCUGUUUCAUUACAAAUGUUUCAAAGCAUUGAAUUGUAUCAUUGCACAGCACAUUUUAGUUAUAUACUUACAUAAAGUAAACAAAAAAGUUUCCUUCUUGUAGAAUACUUGUAUAACCUAUUUGAUGAAUUCAACUAGUGAAAUAAGCAUAUUUAUUUCACAAAAUAAUUUUAUGUAUUGUCAUACCAUUAUCAUCAUGUUUUAAGACUUUGACAAACAAUAAAGUCCAACAGUCUACAACUUUGAGUGCAAUACUAAUACUUUAAAAUAAGACUUGGCCUUUAUACAUGUUUUGUAUUUCCAGUGACACCAAACUUGAGCUAUUGAACUAAAACUGCUGUGGUGUUUGCCUUUCAUGAGUAGCACACUUGGAAAAAUGUCAUUUUUUUUGGUUAUGUAUUUUUCUCCUCCGGCAAGAACUUUUUGUUUCUCAAAACUUAUUUCAUUGAACUUUUAGAAAUGAUUAAUUGUGCACUUUCAGUAUGUGACAUGUAUAUGCAGCAUAGAAUUUGUAACCAGUUAGUUGAGUUUAUUAGGACUGAAUAUAAUCUUGUCAAACUCAUGACAUCAUGUUUGAGUAUUUGAGAGUGUUCUUCUUAGAGUGAAUGGGUAAACAUGCAGAAAGAAUCAGAGCAACAGUAUCAAAAAAAUGUUGUCAUCCAUUGGACUGUUUAUAGUUGACUAGUCCAGUUCUUGAUAACCUUGUUUCCCUGGUGAUUCCACACAUUUUGGAUGGGUGAAAGGAGGGAGUAACCAAAGAAAUUGUAGAGAAAAAAAAAAGUUUUAAAGAGGAAGGGUUAAAAAUAAUAAUACGGUAGUUAAAAAGCAGAUGGUUAGAAAUGGACUACGUGGUGGAAGCAAAGGAACAGGAAAUAGUUAUUAUCACUUCUCUUUUAAUUUUCUUUUGUUUGGACUGACAUUUUAAAUAUAAUGAAUUUUUCAAAAUUAAAAUAAGAAAAUGACAAAACAUUGUCUUUUGAAUAGAGUGUGUGUUGUUCCUUUAAUGUUGCUAAAGCUUUAUUGUAUUGAAAAAUAUCAAACCAUUUUGUUUUAGUAUGUCAGUAUGAAGUAUGUUCCUAAAAUUUUCCAUUAAAAAAACAACAACAAAAGAACUGAAAUUGCUUUGUUUUUGGGCAUUUCAAUUAUUAUUAUUUUGACAGAUUUUGAUUAUCUCAAAUAGUCUAAUAAUUUUGUUUUUCUUAUUUUAAUUAUAUUCUGAUAUGCAUCCAGUACCAAGUGUUGAUUUUGUGUCAGUCAGUUUCAAGUCUUCCUUUUAGUGAUUCCAAGUGGAAUCAAGAAAUGUGUUCUUGUGAUUGAGUCUUACUUACAUAUUUUAACAGAAAGUCUUGAAUGUUUGUCAAAGAGACAUUCCAGAAAAUAAACCCAGAGCUACAGAAACAUA